CCUCGUCCACAACAAACAAUCAAAGCCCCUCCUUCACUGACUAUACUCCAUGGAUGAUGAACCAACCUACUCAGAAACCACCCUCUCCCUCAAACUCAGCUAUUGUGAUCCCGAUCCUCCGCGGCGACCGAUAUUCGAGGGUUGCUCAUCGGCCGCUAGGCCUGAUGGCCCGGCUCUUAGUCUUGGCGACCGAGGAGGAGCGAGGAAGAAGCUGAGGCUAUCCAAGGAGCAAGCUGCCCUUUUGGAAGACAUGUUCAAGGAGCAUUCCACUCUCAAUUUGAAACAAAAGCAAGCGUUGGCCGGGCAGUUGAAGCUUUUGCCAAGACAAGUAGAAGUGUGGUUCCAAAACAGGAGAGCAAGAACUAAGUUGAAGAAAACUCAAGUGGAGCGCGAGAUUCUAAGGAAGUGUUGCGACACACUUAGAGAAGAGAACAAGAGAUUGAGAAAGGAGCUACACGAGCUCAAGUCCACAAAGUGUUCCGCAACACGGUUCACACGACCACCUCACGCGGCCUUAGUGAUAUGUUCAUCAUGCAAAAAGGUCAUCAAUGAUGAGGGUGCCAAUAGCCAUGGCACCGAAGGAAGUGGAUCGGUUAGUGCGGAGGUGACUAAGCCUUGCUUCUUCAACCUGUUUGCCCACUCGACCUCUUAGUUGCUAGUCGCAUAGCACUAUCCAUACCCUUUCUUUUAACAAGGGCAAGGUGAAUACAUACACACAUCUACAAAUAGAUUUGUAAAUUAGGGUUGAAAAAGAAAUUUGUCAUGAAUUGUAUUUUGUUGAUAUUCUUGUAAUUAUAUCAAUUAAAAUUAAACAAAUGUUUAGUUUGGAGAUUGAAGUGGUCA